CCGUCCCUAUCCUGCCUCCGCGGCAGCAGCGCCAACAGCGGCCCGAACAUGGCGGCCUGAGGCACCCUCGGAGGAGCUGCUCCUGGGGCGGGAGGCGGGCGAAGAGGAAAACCAUGAGCGACAUCCGCCACUCGCUGCUCCGCCGGGAUGCCCUGAGCGCCGCCAAGGAAGUGCUCUACCACUUGGACAUCUACUUCAGCAGCCAGCUACAGAACGUGCCGCUCCCCAUUGUGGACAAAGGCCCCAUCGAGCUUCUGGAGGAGUUCAUCUUCCAGGUUCCCAAGGAGCGCAACUCCCCACCUAAAAGGCUGAACUCACUGCAGGAGCUUCAGUUACUGGAGAUCAUGUGCAAUUAUUUCCAGGAGCAAAGCAAGGACUCUGUCCGGCAGAUCCUUUUCUCCUCCCUUUUCAGCCCGCAAGGGAACAAGACGGAUGACAGCAGAAUGGCCUUGCUGGGGAAACUCGUCUCGAUGGCGGUAGCUGUGUGCAGAGUGCCUGUCCUAGAGUGUGCAGCUUCGUGGCUGCAGCGGACGCCAGCAGUCUAUUGCAUGCGGCUGGCCCAAGCCUUGGUUGAUGACUACUGCAGUCUAGUGCCAGGCUCCGUCCAGACCCUCAAGCAGAUCUUCAGUGCCAGUCCUCGCUUCUGCUGCCAGUUCAUUACAUCGGUCACCAUGCUGUACGACAUGUCGUCAGAUGACCUCAUCCCGCCUCCAGACCUGCUGGAAAUGGUUGUGUCUUGGAUCUUCGAGGACCCCCGCUUGAUCCUCAUCACCUUCCUAAACACGCCAAUCGCGGCCAGCCUGCCCAUUGGGUUCUUGGAGCUCACACCGCUCAGUGGCCUGAUCCGCUGGUGCGUGAAAGCUCCACUGGCUUACAAACGGAGGAAGCCCCCCGUCUCCAACGGCCACCCGGGAGGGAAACUUGCCAAGGACCCGACUACCAUCUUGGACAAGGGCUGCCAGCCCUUGUACUCCAAGCUGCACCUCAGCGUCCUCCAGGUCCUGAUAAUGCUGCAGGGGCACCUGACGGAGAAGAACCUGUACGGGCGCCUGGGGCUGGUGCCCUUCGACCACGUGGUGGCUCUCGUGGAGGAAAUGAGCAGGCUCUCUGAUGAACUCAACCCCCUCAACGCCACCAAGGAGACCGAGCUGGCUCUCGACCGGCUGGCCCAGGCCUUGCAAGUGGCCAUGGCGUCAGGAGCGCUGCUGUGCACGAGAGAGGAUCUGAGGACGGUGUGCGCCAGACUGCCGCACAACAACCUGCUCCAGCUGGUGAUCUCGGGUCCAGUCCAGCAGCCCACCCACAGUGCUUUGCCCCCUGGGUUUUACCCCCCCAUCCACACACCUCCCCUGGGGUAUCCCACCCAUGCAGCCCACCCAGCAAUUCCAGCUCUCCCAGCUCACCCCGUACAGACAUUCAUUCCAGGCAUGGCAUUUCCGUAUCGGCCGAUCCGCUAAAGAAACUGGACUUCUCCUCUCUUCAGGGAAAGAGUGUUUUCCACCCAUUACAGAGAGAACCAACCUUUACUUUUUGCUGGGGCUGUGCAAUUCCUCCUCCAGGAGAGACCUUGAAGGCCCUGGGCUUUAAGAUGCACAGGGGGCUGGUAGUUGUUAUUUUUAAAGAAAUAAUCUUGUAUGAAUGAGGAGGAGACGCUAAUCUGACUGGAACGAAUGGGAUCUUUCUUUUUUGCUGUCAACCCAGUAUGACGGUUUUACGCAGGAGGGUAAAUGUCAUGAUCUGGUUUUCCACUCAGAACAUCUGUUUGCAACUCCUCCUUAUGCAAGAGAGUCUGGAGAGAGCAGCCCUGCUGUGUUUUGUAAGCUGUUUUCUUGGGGUCCUUUUUAUGUGAAUAUGUAUGAUUUCAGUGCGAGUACACUUUUUUCAAAAAAAUAAUUGCAGACUUUUUUUGCUUCAAAAUUAGCAGUCUGGCAUUUUCUGUAAAAGCAACAACAAAAAAGCAACGCUUACUGGCCUUCGGUUUCUUUCUCUUACAUUAUUCAACAUGUCUACAGCUGGUUAGGUGAAACUUGAACCUUCAUUGCUCUGUUGCUCUGGUUGGUAUCUUUCACAGGGUGAAUUUGGGUGAAAUACUUUUUUCAGAAAUAUUGGUGUCCAUCUGACAUAUUUCACAUGUUUUAAAGCAGAAACUAAAUCACAGCUUAAUUUAGUUAAGGGGAUGACAGAGGACGAGAUGGUUAGACGGUGUUCUCGAAGCUACGAACAUGAGUCUGACCAAACUGUGGGAGGCAGUGGAAGACAGGAGUGCCUGGCGUGCUCUGGUCCAUGGGGUCACGAAGAGUCGGACACGACUAAACGACUAAACAACAACAAAUCACAGCUUAAAAUUGUGUGGCAUUUAAUCUUAAAUUAACUUUGCUGUUAAGGGGAUGUUCAAAUCAAGGCAGGUAGGACUGCAUUUUUAUUUAAAGCAUUUUUAUCCUGCUCUUCAGCAGAAAAAGACUCGCAGAGCAACUUACAAAUGUCAGUGAUAAGACAGUCCCUGACCUCAGGAUAGCAAUCUAAAACAUGGCACAAAAGGAAAAGGUAUUGGUUGGGCAGAGGAAAAAAGAAAACUCAGGCACUAAUUCUUUGUUAUAGAUUUCUUGUAAUGACAAGCUGGAAUAGAAAUACUGUACAUUAAAGAGAGGAGCCCAAAGUUGCUGGUCUUUCAGCAGAGCUGAUGAAGAGGCCCUGCAGCCCUGUUUCCCUCCCUCUCUGAUAGCUGCUGAUGGCGGGGCGGGUCUUGGUCUAGUCCACUAUGAAAUGGGGGUGGGGGGGGGAGUUGUCUCCUGGGGUUUACAGAAGACAUUCCUGGGGCAUACACAGUCCUGCUUCGGACACUAGGAACUACACACAAGUGCCAAUAUGUUAAUGAGGGUGUAUUUCAGGAGCUGAAUGGUCUUUGCUCAAACAAGGUCUAUUUAUUUCUCUUUCAAGCCCUUCUAACUUUCAGAGGAUGAUGUAGAGAGGCCUGAUGCUUUGACAAUCUUCAAAAUGUUGCCAUUGGCCCGUUUGGUAAUGGAGAGCUAUAACGCCACAUGUUCCACAGUGCCUUGUCCACAGACGUCAAGCCAAAAGGCUUGUAAUAUGGCUUGUAACUCUCUUAAAUUAACAAUGAAGGAUCCUGGCGUUUGUGUCCGCCUCCAUAUUGCCUGCAGCAGAGGGCAGAAAGUCUCUUGUCAAGCCCUCUAAUGAGAAAUAAUCUCUUGUCUUAAUUUCAAGACACAUGAAUGAUUCAGACUGGCCUUGGUAAGUCUUCCUUGCAUUUUGAAAGGGAAGGAACUGAUUGCUCUGAAAUGCAAAAUGUCUUCUCUAGUUACAGAUAUUUUCCAAUAUCUAUCCCUUGUGCCAUGUUGCUUCUGAUUUUCAGCUUAAGGUCAUCUUGCCACUAUUCUCUUUGUUGAAUUUGGUAUUAUUUAUUUAGUAUUUGAUCCUAUUGGAAGAAGUUGGACCUCUUGAGGCUCAGUCAGGCAAACAGCAGGCAGAUCUGCCUUGAUUUCUCCAGCUGAGACCCAUCUCUGGCUACAAAAGCCAAGCUGGCUCUAGAAAGCUGAAAGUUUCCCCAAGCUGAAGCGCAGCUGUACCUUUGACAAUCUUCUCUUCAUUAUUGUGGAAAGCACUGAUGGACAGCUGGUAAAUAUGCAUCAAGGAAUGUGGGCUUUUAAGCAAUAGAUGAACUAGAUUGGUGGCAGCCCUGAAUCCUGCCAUAUUUUUGUAUAGGUAAGCAGCAUAAUCCUGUGCAGAAGUAGGGCAUUUCAGUAGACUUAGCCAUGCUUAAUUCUGCAUGGGAAGGGGUUGUAAGAAUUACAAAUAUAGGUGGGGGCAUGUGUUUGUCUACUCUCAACCAAAUACCUGCCCAGACCCAAGCGUGCCCUCCAUGCUGGGCAACACUAUUGACUUACAUAGCUCUAGUCUAGAGAAACAGGCAAAGGCUGACUUUCCCAAAACCUUAAAUUAGGUGCGCAGCUUUACUUAACAUUUAGAGGUGUCCAUUUAUCCCCCUGCUAUGGCUUUUCAUAACAUUCUCUUAUAAUAGAAAGUAGCUUUUCAAGAACCUGUCAGGACAAGUUUUUGCAGGUUCACUGUAAGGAGAGUUCUGCUGGAUCUGCCUUGAAGCCCCUUUCAGCCCAGAAUUCUGCUUCUGCCCCCCUGCAGGAGGUCAGUUGCCCUUCUCUGCAACUGGCUUUUCGGGUUACAGGUAGGUAGCCGUGUUGGUCUGAGUCGAAACAAAAUAAAAAAAUUCCUUCAGUAGCACCUUAAAGACCAACUCAGUUUUUAUUUUGGUAUGAGCUUUCGUGUGCAUGCACACUUCAUCAGAUACCUUUUCGGCUUUUCGGGGGCACACUUCUUGUGGAUGCGAGAGAGGGCCUCCUUGGUGGUGGCUGCUCCCAGACAACCCUGAAGCUCCUUCCUAGAGAAGUUAGACCGGCUCCCUCCUUGCUGUCCUGCCAGCAGCUGAAAACAUUCCAACAGGAUCUUGGGAAAGGACUUUUACUGAAAGGGCUGGUGCCAUGCCAUGCUGGAUUGGGGGGGGGGCAAUUAUUUGUAUGGCCUUAAAUAGAUUUGUUGUGUGUAC